AUGAAGACAGAACAGAAAAUCUGGUUAGGUGUGCCACAGGGCAAGGACGCCACAGAAGAUGUGCUAGAUCCUUUUACCAGUAAAGUCGGUGGCCAUGCGGCGCUGUUUCGUGACGUACCAAACGAGGCACUAAAAGAUUAUUUUGGUUGUCCUAAGUGUGGUCUCGUUAACCACGUUUCACUUUUAGCACAGCUCUACGCGCCGCUCGAUUGCUACGAUCGCGUUCUGUAUAUCUUGACGUGUGCGAAGUGUGGUGUGCUAUGUGGCCCAAGUGCUACAGGGUUACAUCCAUCCCUGCCCAAAGGAAGGGUUCCCGCGGGCAAUAAGAAGAAUACAACCCCCCCUAUUUCUUCAAAGCCAACUUCAACUUCUUUUUGCUUUGCGUUGCGGAGCCAAAACUUCAACUCGUGUUAUUACAAGGAGAUGGUGGAACGUGCAGAGCAGGAGAGGAGGGCUGCUGAGGAAAGAGCUGGUUCUAAACGUAGGGAUUGUGGUAAUAUGCUCUUCCAAGAAGAGGCAGACUGGGAUGAUAUAAGCGAACCUUGUGGUGCAGACAUCCCUAUAGAUGUUACAAGUGCACCAACGCAAAUGGAGAAUUCCGAACUCGAUCCUCAAUCUGAUACGUCGCUUCUUCCUCUCAUGACCAUAAAGGAAGAGCCAUCGUUUGCUUUAUGUAAAAGCGGCUGUCUCGCACCCCUAAAGGGGUGCACAUUCACGAAUGGUAUUCCCCUCAAUAUUUUUAUCGAACCGCAGGUUAAAAAGGAAAAUUUCGGGUCGACGGAGGAUCAACUAAGGGAAGCACAAAAAAAAUAUGGUGAGGGCGCCGCACUUGAUACAACAUCGUUCGAGGAAGAUGAUGAGUCACCUGUCGAGCGUUGUGUGCGGAAGUACGUGGAGCGGGUAUCACGGGUUCAAACUCAGUGCGUGCGGUGGUCCCCUGAUGGGGAGCCGCUCCGUUCUUCGCUUAGUGUGAUCAACGUGCCACUGUGCCCGUUGUGCGGUGCUGAACGCCGUUUUGAGCUCCAGCUUACUUCACCCCUCGUGUACUUCUUAACCAUGCACAAAGGUGAGGAAAAAAAUGAUACUCUCCAUUUUAGUAACGUGUUGUUAUACACUUGUAGAAAAAACUGCUAUUCAGAAGCAACCCCGUAUGCGCAGGAGUACGUUGUUGUGGAGGAGGAAAUCUAA